CCUCGCCUUCACAACCUCGCACAACUCCUCCCGUCCCGCACCCUCAAACCGCACGCCUUUCCACGUCGACACAGGUCCCUCAUCGUCAAGGUACUCUUUCCGCUCUGCACUAUCGUUUAUUUUACCUCGAACCUCCGCCACAGAGUUUCAACUCGACGGAAGCUCGACGACGCUCGUUUCCGGUUGACGCAUCGUUUCCGGCCUCUUCCGAUUUUCUGGACUGUUGUCGUCGAGUCUUUGCCUGCUUGGCCUCGACUUCGCACCAGCUAUCGCUAUGGCCGCCUGGGCGACCUUCAAGGUCGUCGAUCUCAAGGCCGAGCUUAAGCGCCGCGGUCUUCCACAGGGUGGUCUCAAGGCUGAGCUCGUUGCCCGUCUCGAAGCUGCUGACCAGGAGGCUGCUUCCCCUACGGAGCCAGCCCAUCCCGACGACGCUGGACAUUUGUCUCAUGAACUCGAUGCCCAGAAUGAAGACGCCAGAGAGCUAGAGGCAGUUCAGAAAGAGCCUGAAAAUACUCCUCAACAAACAGAUGAUCAGCCCAUCGAGGCCGCCAUCCCCCCACCCACCCCCAUCAGCGAGCCUGAUCCUGUGGUUGCCUCUGGUGAAGCGCUCCGCGAUACCGAGGAGGAAGCAAACCAGAAGCCAGAUCAUGAGAGCUACGAAAUGCAUGGAGCUCUUGCACCCGAGUCUUCCGUCCCACUGUCAGACACUGCAGCCGCUUCCAGUCUUUCUCCUGGCGUGGAUGCCCCCAUGAACGACUGGGUCCCUGAGGGAAAUGCCGAGGACCUCAAGCGCAAGAGACGCUCCGAAAGCCCCACCCCCAAGGAGAUGGACGCGAAGCGAAAGCGAGCCCAGGAUGUCGCGCAUGACGGCGACCAGCCCUCGGUUGCUGACCCCGACGCGUCAUUUCCUGAAAAAACUCACGCCCAGCCGAGCCUCGACAACGAGAACGUCGCAGCCAGUGACGGUGGCGUCAACGACGAAGCCUCAUCAGAAGCCUCGCAGCCGAAUGUGGCCCCAUCUAUGCACGCCAACACUCGUGCCAUUUACAUCAACAACCUCAUGCGACCCAUGAGAGAGACUGACCUCCACGAUCAUCUGCUUAACCUUGAGCAGCCUGCAGGAGGCCAGCGCAACGACGACGCCAUCUCUAGCCUCUACGUCGACAGCAUCCGCACGCACGCGUUUGUUGUUUUCGAGUCUGCAUCGUCAGCCGGUCGCGUCCGUCGCCGUUUGCACGGUCGUGUCUGGCCCCUGGAGAGCAAUAGAAAGGCUCUCUUUGUAGACUUCGUCCCCGAGGGCAAGGUCGAUGGCUGGAUUCAAACCGAACAGGACGGCAACAAUAGACGUCAAGUGGGCCAACGCUGGGAGGUGGUCUACGAAAGGGUGGGAGACGCACUGACUGCCGAAGCAUUUCUUCGCUCCACAUCCGUUACUGGUUCCUCCUCAGCGACGCAUGGCGUCCGCGCACAGCCACCGCAGGCACAGCAGGCGCAGCAGGCGCCGCAGCAGGCGCCGCAGGGUGUCGUGGGAGCUCCGACUGGACCUCGUGGCCAUCGCCCUCCAAACGCUCACCCAAACACCCAGCACCCACCUCCUAACGCAGGUCCUGCUCCUGGACCUUCUCCCUACAAUGGUGGGAACCGUACCAUCGAGCAACCGUGGGUUUCUUUCCGCGAGGUGCCUCCGUCACUGGCGGAUCGGCGUCUCGACUGCAUGCUCCGCUACCUUGAUUUUGAUGUCCACCUCGGACCCGACCGGGAGAUUAACCGUUAUUCUUUCCAGGGCGGCGACGUCUUCGUCGACCGCGGCAGAGAGAACUUUGCUGGCAUCCGUCCUCCCCACCGUCAGCAGGCCAUGGACCGUAGCCGCGGAGGCCGAGGCGGUGGUCGUGGUCGCGGCCGCGGCCGCGGCGCGCCUCGGGGCGGUCCAUACGGCUUUGGACGUGAUCGCUACGUCCCUUAUUAAUUCCACGAACUGCCGAUAUCUGCCCGGGGUGUGAGGGCAUGAUUGCGAAGACGAGAGUGUUUGAGUAUUGAGUUUGGCAGCCCCCACUAGCCCACAAUGAGGCUUUGCAACAGUUGCAUGGCUUCAUCGUUGCAAUUUGCAUGUACGGCUCUCUUGACCGGCUAUCGCGAUGGCGCCUUCCGCCACGCAAGGCCAGACAGACAAGUCGACAAGACCAAAGCGCGACGAAAGAGGAACACAUUCAACACGAAAUUUGACACACAGGGGUCGAGGAUGACGACUUUUGAUGCUCAAUGAUACCCAAGGGAUGACACGGCGUUUACCGGGAAACGAUUUGUCUGACCCACGCCUGCUACGGCUGAGCGACAUAUGUCGGAAUUUAUUGCAACUUUUCAGAAGUCCCGCAGCUGCGCUACUUGAUGGCGCUCGAUCCCAGCCGGGAACAGAGCUGCACCAGAAUGCGGACCAUGCAACUGGCGAUUGACCCGCCAUGAUCUUUCCACGAUCAACGCAUGGACAAGGCGUUCUCGUGAGGACAUGUGGAAGGGGAAGACUUUUGGUGGCGGAGGAGUUGAACGGAGGGGUAGGCCGGUUUGUUUGGGCCACGGCGCCUCUGCAACUGCGUUCAGACAAUGAAUGAGGAGGCGGCCGACGCGAGAUGGGAUGGCUCGAGUUGGGAUGGCGCGACCUGAAGCGGAUCUGAAGGUUGGUUGGACAUGUGCGAAACUUUUGACAUGUUUGGAUGGAUGGACGACUGGACUAGUAGUGGUCAUCCCUGGACUAGUUGGUUUCGACGGAUCUGGCGGCAACGCCCAUCCUAGCCAGCGCCUCGCCUCUUGCAUCACCCUGUAGAAUAGAAAUACAACCCUGUAGAGUACACCGGAUGACUGACCUGCUCCCCUGGACGGCCACGUUCCACUUGAAGAAGGGACGGGGAUUGGGUUCAUUGGGUUGAGUGAGUGUGCAACAAGAUGGCAAAGAUCCAAGUCCAUUGCAC